AUGGCACCCGUGGCGUGCGCAGACCACAACGUCCUCGAGCAGCAGCUCAAAGACACGAUCCAGUCGCUACACAAUGUAAUGGUACAAGUGUCCGCCUACGACACCGCAACCGCCUCCUCCUCAACCUCGCCCAUCUCGACUCCCGUGACGUCCAUCUACGGCGGCCCCAACUCCAACCCCAACAACCCAAAUUCCACAUCCAACCUUACCACCGGCGCAGGCGCCGCCCGCCCCUCCCGCGACGUAAUAGCCACCGAGCUCACCGCGCUGCAGCGCAGCCUCGCCACAGUCCACCGCACGGCAUCCACACCGACCCCCGACGAGGCGCUGCCGCACAUCCCGCCCGAGCUGAUCCAGUACGUCGACAACGGGCGCAACCCGGACAUCUACACGCGCGAGUUCGUCGAGCUCGUGCGCCGCAACAACCAGCUCAUGCGCGGCAAGCAGGACGCCUUCGCGAGCUUCCGCGACGUAUUGGCUGGCGAGAUGGAGCGCGCCAUGCCGGAGCUGAGGGAGGACGCGGCGCACGUCGUCGUGGCUACGGGGGGCAGGCAGCGUUAG